UUCAAAAACUCGAUUCUUGAGAUCGUAUAGCGAAUGAGAAAAUGUAUGCGAUCGGAAGAGCCCUGUGUAUUUGGCAUCUCGUUGUUUUAAAGUACAUUUCAUGGUCUGAAGCAAACCUAGGAAUUGCGUUAAACGAUCCUUGCGCUUCGAAUCCUUGUUGGAAUGCUGGAACUUGUCUAAGGAAUGGCUCUUACUUCACUUGCAGUUGUCAAGUCGGAUUUCGUGGUCCGGCGUGUGAAUUUCGGUCUACUGAUUGCCCAGUAAACCUAUGCGUUAAUGGUGUUUGCAGUCUUACAGCUGGCACCCCAAAGUGUUACUGUACUCCAGGAUUUACAGGAAAAUUGUGCGAUAUUGAUGAAGAUGAAUGCGCUUCUCAACCUUGCAAGAAUGGUGCUCUCUGUGUUGAUGAAAUCAACGGAUACAAAUGCGUAUGCCGAGACGACACAUAUGGCCGUCAUUGUGAGAUUCAUAAAAUAGACAUUAUGGAGUGCACUUCACGAUGUGACGAAAAGCCUUGCUGGCGAAAUCGUUCCGCUAUUAUACCGAUAAUCUGGGGAUAUGGCGACAGUAUCUGUAGCACAAGUCAUUCGUGUUUUGGUGGUGAGAAUGAUACGGAAGCAGACGUGUACGAUACUUUUGUGGAAGUACAGCUAAAGCCUUUGCAGAUUCAAGUCGGAGACACUCUUAAUUUCACUGCCGAUGAGGAAAUUUUGGCUUAUGUCGAUGGAUUUGUACCGCAUCGCGUCGUUACUACAAACGAAGCUAAUGCAUUCCUAACCUGUAACGAGAGCAAUGGCAUUCCACUUGUAAAUAAAUCCAUGGAUAGUGUUUCUGUGGGCUUAGACAUACUGAAUAUUGGAAAGCAUUAUUUUAUUGCUAACAUAGACUCUACUUUCCGCUGCGACUUCGGCUUGCGACUGAAUGUUAGUGUGAAAGAAAACAAUUGUAGGCCUUCAUCCACUAGUGAAAUGUGCUCUGGCCGAGGCCAAUGCUCGACAAACUUCAGUUUACCCGACUUCCGUUGCAAAUGUUGCGGUGGAUUUCGAGGACACUUUUGCGAAAAAGUAGACUAUUGUUUCUCGAAACCUUGCAAAAAUAACGCUCUGUGUCAAAACAUUGAGAGUUCAACGGACGGCAACACACAUGUAUGUAUUUGCAAGGCAGGGUACAAAGGACGGGACUGUUCUGAAAUCAUUGACAAGUGUCUGUCCUCCCCGUGUCAAAAUGGUGGUAACUGUAUUCCAGAGGUGAACAACUUUACGUGUCAGUGCUUACGGGGCUUCAGUGGUAGGAGCUGUGAAGUUGAUAUUGAUGAAUGUGCUUCAAGUCCAUGUUUGAAUGGUGGCAGCUGUGUGGAUGGGGUUGGUUCUUUCCAGUGCAAGUGCCCUUCUGGGUUUACAGGCUCUCACUGUGAAGUUGAUAUAGAUGAAUGUUUACAUUCUCCUUGUGCUCAUGGUACAUGUAUUGAUCAAGUAAAUGGCUUCAAAUGCCAUUGCUCACCUGGAUAUGCAGGGAUCAAAUGCGACUACAACCUUAAGGAAUGUCUUUCCAAUCCUUGCCAGAAUGGAGGAAGUUGUAUCGAUGAAGUUGGUGGUUACAGAUGUGAUUGUGGUAUGGGGUUCAGUGGAGAUCACUGCCAAAUUGAUAUAGACCUCUGUCAGGAGCCCAUGAUGUGCAUCAAUUCCAUAUCUUGUCAAGACAAAGGUCACAGUGUCAAGUGCUCUUGUAAGGCAGGUUUUACAGGUUACAACUGUGCAGUUAAUAUUAAUGACUGCCUUUCUCAUCCAUGUAAGAAUGGUGGCAUAUGCAGAGAUGAAGUGAAUGGUUUUGAGUGUAUCUGCCCUGAUGGGUUUUCUGGAAAAAAAUGUGAAGGGUCUACAAAAGCAACACCAGUCAAACAUUUUGAGCGACAGUUUUCUCUCAAGCUAAUGACAGAAGACUGCAAACUUCUAGAGGACUCCCAGGAUAUGAUACACAUUAACCAGGGUAUAGCUUCCUACAUGGCAAAAUCAUGCAAUUGCAGUUUUGACAUAGGGAAUAUAGUGAAUGAGAGUGUACUGCUCCAGUGUAGAGACAGCAUCAGUGCUGAACUUAGUAUGGAAAUAAAGCCAGUUGAAGAACAUUCAGUUCGUCAACUGAUUUGUCAGUUUUACAUUCUUCUUAACUGGAGCAAGAAUGUCAUAGACUUGGGCUACAACUCCUAUGCAGUGAGGGUUCUUAGUGAUGUGUCAUCAUGUGGUGCCAUCAAUGUCACUGAUGGGGGCUCUGUUCAGGAUAGCAGUGCUCCAGAGGAAGAUGAAGACACACAUAGUUCAGGAAAUAUUGCUGUAACUGUAUCAUCUGUAUGUGCUGUCCUAGGCCUUAUUGCAGCUGCUGUUGUGGUUUGCGUGAAGUGCAGAAGAGCAAUUCCUUCACCAGGCAAAAAGUAUUCAUCCAAAGGCGAGAAUCAGCUGAUAGAAGAUCUGAGUGCUGAUCUACUCACUGCCGUUGCCCCUACUCCCAAGUCCAUGUAUCGCACUAGUGGUGGUUAUCAUAACAUGGCAUACUCUGGACGAUUUAAUCCUGAAAACCCUGUUAAAUCCCGCAGAGUGUGAAGUGACCUUGGAAUAUUAGCUUCAUAUGUGGAUAGUUUCACGGCCCCUGCUUGAAUUUUACUUGUAAAUAGUAAUAUGAAAAUCGCUUAAACCCCCUUAUGUAGAUAAUUGCGUAGAAUAUACAUUUUUAAAUUUUGGAUACAAGAAAUACAGAAAGGUUUGUCUCUACACUAUUUCCUUAGAAAGGUAUUGUUAUGUACAUGUACGUUAUUAUAAUAAGAGAACUCCCUUGCUGAGUUAGAGUUACUGGGAUUCUAUUGUAGUACAUGUUGAAAAAAGGAGUUGUUAAAAGGAUGAAAUAACCACACUUUCCAUUAUUUGUUAGCUUUGAAUCAUGUUGACUGGAUUCCUCAGAUGCUUUGAUCAGUUGAGAAAAAAGAAAGUGUCUCCUUGGUAGAUAUAAGUGGCAUCUAGUGAUACUACAUGUAUAUGGUGUCAAGGGGGAAAGUUUACUGUAAAUAGGAAGGAAAAAGUUCCCCAUAAGUAAGCUUAUUUUUCUCCGAAUCUCGAGGAACAGAUCCAACGGAAAAAUGCAGAAGUAUUUGCUAUUUACUACACUUGGAACAUGUUUGUAUUACUUAGCUUCUGAAUGGCAUUAACAAAAAUCCAAUUCUUUUAGUUUUCCAUCUGCGUGAACAUGAGUCUUAGUGUUAUAAGAACUGCAUAUUGUGACUUACAACCUUACUGUCAUGUCUUCUCUCGGUGAUUGAUUUUAUUUCAUUUGACUUGUUAUUUUCAAUGUUUUAGCUUCUUCGCCGGGGAUGUCAUAUUUUCUUAGUGAAAAGCUAAGUUAAAUUUCUGCAAACUUAAAAAAAAGUUUAUUACGUCUGAGGAGUGGCAUUUGUCAUUAUAGGUGCAGCUCAAAUACGUUCCUAGCAUUUGAAUACUUCUUCUUGAUUAAGUUAAGUAGGUAUUCGGAAAACACAAAACCAAUUGCUUGUAUCACUUGUCAACCUCGUGUUUAUAGUUGCAUGAUUUUAUCAUGAAUUUUGAUCGUUUUUUGGCAUGUACAUUGAAAUGCAUUUUGUACACUUAAUAAAAAAAUCACUGCUGGAUGUA